AAUCAGCGGACUGAUUUUCUUUUCGUGAUUUAGGUAAUUUAAGAAAUUUCGUUUUUCAUGUCAGAUUUGAACAGAAAUAGCCGGUGAAUCCGUUUAAAAGCCUUUCGCAAUGGGAGGUGAAGUGAAAAUAUCCAAAGCGGAACAGUUUAUCCAGAAUUUAAAUGCCAUCAACGCCAAGAAGCUAGCGUUCUUGAUGGUAGUUGGGUUUACAAUCUAUCACGGCUUAUUACAUCUACGAUAUGGUAGUGAUUCUUGCAAGUGGCUUCUAAGCGAUGGCCGAUUCAAGGGCGAUAAGGAGUGGCAACCGUUCGGAUGUAUGCUGCAUAAAUAUACAGAAACUGAUUCGAGAAAAUGUUUCCGUUAUUUGGCUUUCUGGGGUAACCAGAACCACUUUGUGUUCAUUGGCGACGUUCGAAUACGAACUUUGUACCUGGAGAUGAUAAACCACUUAAAGCCCCGUGAUGCAGACAAUGCCUCGAUUCAGUCGACGCUGGGUAAAACAGAAAACUUGCAAUUUGUGGAUUACAAGCUACGAUUGCAGAUCAACUACAUCUAUGCUAAUGAGGUUUCAAAAACCAUGAUCGACGAGUUCAUUAAAUGGCAACAUGAGGAAGACCCUCCCAGUUUGAUUGUGGCCAGCUGCACCUAUCCAACCUUCCACAAUGGGAAUGUAACUAAAGAAGUGCAGAAAGCAUUCGAAAAGAAUCUGACCAGAAUGGUAAAACCUAUAGACAGUUUGGUGGCGAAAAAAUCCAAAGUAAUUUGGAAGCUGCAGGACCCCAUCGAUCACGACCGCAUUAACGACGAGUGGAAGAAUGUCCAAAACAAUGAUAUCGAUCGCAUAAAUCAGGUGGUUUACGACAUAUUAAGCUAUUCGGAUGCGAAGAUUUGGUCUUCUUCGAAGAUGAUUGCAUCUGGACUGGUGGAUGAGUUCGUAGAUGGUAAUAAGCUCGGAAUAUUAGCGCUGAAACACGACAUACAGAUUCUGCUCAACAUGUACUGUAAUGACUACAUGAAUUACAACGAUGGAACGUGCUGCAGCAGCGCUGAACCAUACACGAUCAUUCAAGUGGUUACCUACGCUACUCUUGGAGUUUGCUUGACAAUCGCGGGAGCCAUGAUCGUUCGUCGUUGGUUGUUGAAGUUGCGGGGUGUCAACAUUUACAUGCCACUGGGCCAAAGCGGUGCCACCACAGCGCCAUCGGCAGCAGAUUCGCAGUCACCGAUUAUGGCACUAGCGUCGCUGGCCAUCAUCAUGGCCUAUUUUUAUCUUUGUGAUCGUACCAAUUUCUUCAUGAAGGAAAACAAGUACUAUUCGGAGUUCAGCUUCUGGAUUCCGGUUGGUUAUGUAUUCGUGUUGGGCUUAUUCUUCACUGAGGACAGCAAAUUUACCAAGGUGCUGCACCGCGAUCAGACCGACGAAUUGAAAGGAUGGAUGCAGUUGGUCAUAUUGAUAUACUACAUGACGGGUGCAUCGCACGUUCUGCCAAUCUACAUGCAUAUAAAGGUGCUUAUAAGCGGAUAUCUGUUUCUCUCCGGAUACGGCCACUUCACCUACUGUUGGCAGACAGGAAACAGUGGAAUAGUUCGAUUUCUACAUGUCAUGUUUAAGAUUAACUUCCUGACAGUGGUUCUCUGUCUAUGUAUGAAUCGACCGUACCAGUUCUAUUUCUUCGUACCGUUGCUUUCGUUUUGGUAUUGUAUGGUUUACUUCCUGCUGUCGAUUCCACCUAGAAUCACUGCUUUGAGCUCGGAAAACAAUGCGUACCAGUACUUGUACGUGGUGUUGAAAUUCGUUUGCAUGUUGAGCGUUAUAACGGUGCUAUAUAUGAGCGAGGUGUUUUUCGAGCGAAUCUUCGUCACUCGACCAUGGAAAGCUUUGUUCGUAACGACGGACGAUGACAUCCACGAAUGGUGGUACCGAUGGAAGCUGGAUCGGUAUACAAUCACGUAUGGAAUGAUUUUCGCUGCCAUUUUUCACAUCGCUCAAAGGUAUUACUUCUUUGACGACAACAACCAUGGAAAUUUGUUCUCCAGGCGUAUUUCGUUAACAUCAACGCUAGCAGCGUUCGCCGGAAUCGGAUUUUACACGACAUGGAGCUUUUUCUGCCGGAACAAGCAGGAUUGCGAAGAGAUCCAUUCGUACGUGGUUUUUAUCCCAAUUGUUGGCUACAUACUGCUUCGUAAUAUUUCCGGUAUUCUUCGAACGCGCUAUUCAACAUUCUUCGCCUGGUUCGGGCGAAUUUCAUUGGAGCUGUUUAUCUGUCAAUAUCAUAUCUGGCUAGCUGCGGAUCGUAAUGGUGUGCUUGUGCUUCUUCCGGGAUUUCCAACAUUGAAUGUACUGAUAACUUCGUUCAUAUUCGUCUGUGUGUCACACGAAAUUCAUCGUCUCACCACGGUGCUUUUGCCCUAUGUUGUGCCGAACGAUUGGAAGCUGGCAUUGCGGAACAUGUUGAUCUUUGCCGUGGUUCUCAUCCCCAUUGGACGGUACGACGGAAUGUUUUAGGUAAAUAAUUGUAUUCUAUUGCGUUAUACAGGCAUCUCACAGUUAUGCAACAGUUCCAUUUGAUUAACACGCCGGACCGACAUCCAUGAUUGUGGGCUGACUGUGCAGUGAUACCGUAAUAAUCAUGUGAACAAACUAUUAGUAACAUUACAUUAAGGGCAAGGCAAAUUUCAAAAAAAUUUCACUGUUUUAUGCAAUUCUUAUGGUAGUGUCGGACAUUUAUUAGUAUGUAGUAAAACUGGAGGAAGCGGGCCAAUUAUCGCCAUUAAUUUGUAUCAGCUUGUGGUUCAAUACAUAUUUUCGUAUAUGUUUUAUUUCAUGUAGCCUACAAAAGUUAGUUCGAAGCACGCAACGUUCAGAAACCGUAAAACCUUUUCGUAAAUAUUUAGUAAUGAACGAUAAUACAAUUUUUUUUUGUAAGUUCGAGAAUAUAAGGAAUAAGGUUGUAAAAUUCGAGGUCUCAAAAUUUGUGUAAUGCACUGUCAUUGCGCUUGCCAUACAAUAUACAAUUUCAUGCAUUGGUUGGCAUGAAGACUACACUGCUCAUAAAAGCAUAUCAGUCCCAUCUGGAAAAACAGCAAGCCAUGACUCCAUGGAAGCUUAUGGACGAGACAACAUUGAUUUGGUAUUUUUUACGAUAUUUGCUGAGCAAAGCAUGUACUGCCGUUAUACGCAUAACUGUCCCAUGUUCUAUGCAAUCCUUAUGUACCGUGGGACUCUUAUGGGUAUAACGGCAGUGUACAUAUUGUAAAAUUUCAGUACACUGAUAAAAUUUCAAAAAUUGUUUUUAUGUGUCCCACACAUGAAUUUUUGCAAUGUGAUCAACAAAUGAUAUCUAUGUGUCGCACACAUACUUAAUAUGUGUAUACAUAAAAGCCAUGCCACACAUACAAUUCAUUUGACUCAUGAAUUUCAUAUGAGCUUCUGGUUGGAUUCUGUUUAUGUGUGGUCAUAUGAAAAUCAUGUGGAAUUUCACAUGGAAAUUCGUCAAUAAAAAUGUGUGGAAUUUUAUUAGUGUAUACAUUACAAUCAAUUAGAAUGUACAACUAAUUAUUAGUUUUCCAUUAACAUCCAUACUCUUUGGUACAAAAAACGUAAAUAUUUACCUUUUUUGACAAAACCCAGGUAGUCAUGACGUUUGAUUAUUGAAAACAAUAUGAAUGAAGAAAAGAGACCAACUGCUGUCAUGAUUACCUGAGAUUUGUCAAAUAAUGUAAAUAUUUACAUCGAUUGUAACGAAGAAUGGGACUGUUAUGCUUUUUUGUGUAUUGUACAUUGUAGUCGAUAUACGUACACCCAAAAAAGUUUUCAUAUAGUUUCUAUUGGAAACGGACAUGAUAUUUUUCCAAUAACAAAAUUAAUGAUUUUUAUCUGAAAUUCACAUAAAAUUCAUAUGAUCACAUGAAUUCUAUGUGAUAAAUCACAUAAAUUUCAUUGGACACAUAAGGUUCAUGUGAUCUUGUAUUGCGAUUCUCAAUUAAGAGAUCACAUGAAAAUUAUGUGAAAUUCGAAUGGAUAUUUUCCAUUGGAAAUGUGAUUUAUUUUUUGAGUGUAGGUAUCGGAAAGUGGAGCAAGAUGACCCUAACGAAGCACGAAUAAAAUUCCACUAUUUUGAUAAGAAAAUAAUUCUUUCUAUAAUCUUACAGAAGAUUCAAGGAUUGGCCUAUAAUGCUAUAUGCUCAAGCAUAUGCUUCAAAGAACAAUUAUACAAAAUUGUUAAACUGCGAAAAAAUGUUCAAUGAAGACUUUGAAUAUUCUUACAAUUAUUUCUGCGCAAGAUGAUCAGCCCUAUGGGGCAACAUCAAUUUAUUGUAGUCAUAAAUAAUCUUUCUGCCGAAAAUUAUAUAACAACUCGACAGUGAGCAUGCAUAAGGGCGUAAACGCGAUGAUCGAUUCUAUUUGUCGAUUUUCUCUUUUGUUAAUAACUCGCUUGAAUUAACAUUUCUCGGUGCGUUUGUUGUUGCUUUUGAUGGCCAAUACAACCUGUUACAGCACUUUAUUUUACAAAUUUCAGAAAAUUGCUUCCCUUAGCAGUAGCAAUUGAAGGGGUUAGAAGGAAAGGGGUGUAAGUGGCUUUGAUCGAUUCUCUUCAUAGACUUUCUCUUUUGAUAGGCACAGCUUUAUAAACAGAUUUUGCGCUAUUUUGCCACAUAGUUUGAUAAAGGAGGUUCUCAUCUAGCAUCCAGAAUGGCACACAAAUCAAGGAAUGUGCUUGUAGGUUAAUUAUUAACGAAAGAGAAAGUUGAUGAAGAGAAUCGAUCAAAGUCACUUACACCCCUUUCCUUCUAACCCCCUCAUAUAUAUAGAGAGUAGAAAGCGAGCUAGGACAACUUUUAUGAAUGAAGGUACAAAUCGGUUUGAUUAUCUCUCUUUACCAAACUCCCCCGUUUGAGAGGGAUGGUGAAGGAUAUCUCCCACCGCCACCACUGGCAAAAAGAGAUGAUCACCGACACGCUCAUGUACCGACGAUGUGUUUGAAACGAUUCUGUGACACUACCCCGAACGCCAUAACCCCGAACGCCAUUACCCCGAAUGCCACUACCCCGAAUGUCCUACUACCCCGAAUGGCCAUUACCCCGAAUGCCCUACUACCCCGAAUGGCCAUUACCCCGAAAUUAAGACAAAUGAAAGAACAGCAAGGGGUCAAAAGAAGGGUACAUUUUUAGAAGGAAAUUUCGUUUUGGAAUUUAUACUGAAUACAAAUGAUAAUUUUUUAUUGGAAUUUUGAAGCUUGCAAGCGAGCAAGCUUAUUUUACGCGAGAAGCCCGAGAGAUGUCGUUACUGAGGUCCUAUGUUUUGAGAUACUAUGUUUUCAAGAAAAACUUUUUCAAAGUGUUAUGUCUGUUGUCUGUGAUUAAACUCUCUGAUUAGUUUCACUUUACUAAAUUGAUGAUACACUACGUUUACUUUUAUGGAACUAUGUAUUUAUCAAUUCCAAACCAUUUUAAAGCUCUUUAGAAAAUGACAACCUUCAAGUUUUCGAGCACUUCGUUUACCAUUUAAAAAGUCCAAGGGUCUAAUAUGCAAUCCAAUUCAAUAUGCAAUACCAGUCGGAAACUGUUAAACCUUAUCAAAGAAUUGUUCGACCUGAGUCUAGACCUUAUAUAUUAAAAGAAGGGAAUAUUCCUUUCCCUUCUUUAUCAUACAUC